AUGUUGACUCCCGAACAAGUGGCACAAUACCAUGAACAAGGGUUUCUUUGCUUACCUGAUUUCCUUAGUAGGAAGCAGAUUGACCAAAUGAAGCAAGAAGCUACCAAGUUGUUAGACCAAUUGGACAUCACAAAUCACCCUAUGACUCAAUUCAAAACUGAUGAUAAUGAUCAUAUUGGAGACCAGUAUUUUUUUGACUCGUCCGAUAAAGUGUCAUAUUUCUUUGAUACGGACGCUUUUGAUUCCAAUGGGAAGCUCCAAUUCCCCAAAGAACAAGCCAUAAAUAAAAUAGGUCACGGAUUACAUAUGCACAACAAAAUCUUCGAAGAUAUCACACUUGAGAAUCGUGUUAGUGAAAUUGCCAAGGUGUUGGACUAUACUGAUCCUAGAGUAUUACAAAGCAUGCUUAUAUUUAAGCAGCCAGUUACAUCAAAUGAUUCAGAAAGAGAUAACGCAGUGCCUCCACAUACAGAUGCUACGUUUUUAUACACAGAUCCACAAUCUGCAGUUGGGUUUUGGUAUGCUCUUGAAGACUGUACUGAAGAAAACGGAUGUCUCUAUUUUGUUCCUGGGUCUCAUAAGCAAUUCCCUAUCUGUAAACGAUUUGUCAAGGUCAACGGAGGGAAAGGUGGUUGCAAUUUCAUCCCUUUAUCUGACAAAUGUGACCCCACUGCAAUAGGAAAUGCUAUUCUGGAAAUUCCAGAAUCAAACUAUGUUCCAGUUAAGUGUCCUGCUGGAUCAUUGGUAUUGAUUCAUAAUUCAGUACUCCAUAAAUCGCACAAAAACAGAUCAACCAAAUCUCGUUAUGCCUAUGCUUUCCAUAUGAUUGAUGGCACAGCCAAAUAUGAUCAUCUUAAUUGGUUACAAGUCCCUCCAACAGGUGGUACCAACUUUACCAAAGUCAAUGUGCAUUAA